AUGGCUGAUGGAGAAGACUACAACGAGGAUGAUCUCUUCGCAGAUAUCUACGAGACUGAAGAUGCGCCACCGACUGAUGCACCAGCGCCGGCACCUGCACAGGCAUCAGCACCAGCACCUGAGCCUGAACCUGCUCAACCUGUAGUCAAAUCUGAGCCACAGUCCGCACCAGUCGUAUCAGGCAAUGCCGGUUUCGAUAUGAACACGUCAAAUGGGGCAGGUGGUAGCUACGACAAUAAUUACGGCAAUACACAAGGUGGGGACUACAACGAUAACAGUUAUAAUCAAUCAAAUGGUGGUGAGGACAACUACCCACCCAUAGGUAUUAAAGAAGAUGGGACCAAAGGAAAUUCUGAGGCUAUCGUAUCUGCUAUUGCUUCGGCAAACGAAGCGUAUAUAUCUCGCACAGAUACACAUUACCUAGCUCCGACUCAAUACCAAGAGACAGCCUUCGCGCGCCCGAUUGCUUUAUUCCUUGUGGCAGGAAUUUCCUCUGGCGUGGACAUUUGUCAACACACCAUUGCGUUGACGUGGGAAGCCGCAAAAAGGGUUAAUGAAGCGUUGCUCAAACCCGAAGAUAGCAGCUACGCAAUACAGCUAGAGCAAUUCAUAUUGAACGAGAAGCUUUGGAAGACAUUGGAGAUGGUAGCCUGA